GGCUCCCGAAAGGAGGAGAAAAGACCGGCUUGUUGCUAUCUGUCUCUAAGACACCUUCCUGGGGAUGUCCCGGCUACUUGUCGGACCUGAGGAGGGAACGUCGGACUGAAUCACCAGUAGUACAGAGAAACUCUAAGGAGGUCCUGGCGCCCUGGACUGUGAGCGAAAGGACCAGAUUGCAUAUUGAAGAUAAAAUCUACUGAUCAGCUCCUGAAUGAAACUUCAAAAAGAAAAACCAUAAAUGAAAUGACAUAGCCAAAAUCUAGAGCUUCCACAUCAAACAAAAUUUAUUGCAAGCAUCCAGAAAAGAAUUCAGAAAUGAGUGGUGGAUUAGCACCAAGUAAAAGUACUGUGUAUGUAUCCAACUUGCCUUUUUCUCUGACAAACAAUGACUUAUACAGGAUAUUUUCCAAAUAUGGAAAAGUUGUAAAAGUUACUAUUAUGAAAGACAAAGAUACCAGGAAGAGUAAAGGUGUUGCAUUUAUUUUGUUUUUGGAUAAAGAAUCAGCACAAAACUGUUCGAGGGCACUAAACAAUAAGCAGUUAUUUGGAAGAGUGAUCAAAGCAAGCAUUGCUAUUGACAAUGGAAGAGCUGCUGAGUUCAUCCGAAGGCGCAACUACUUUGAUAAAUCUCGGUGUUAUGAGUGUGGAGAAACAGGUCACCUAAGUUAUGCUUGUCCUAAAAAUGUGCUUGGAGAACGUGAACCACCAAAAAAGAAAGAAAAGAAAAAAAGAAAGAAAAUUAUUGAAUUGGAAGAAGAAAUUGAAGAAGUGGAAGAAAGUGAAGAUGAAGGAGAAGACCCUGCUCUCGAUAGCCUCAGCCAAGCCAUAGCUUUCCAGCAAGCCAAAAUUGAAGAAGAUCAACAAAGAUGGAAACCCAGUGCAAGCGAACCCUCAACGUCAGAUGAUUCAAGACGCCCAAGGAUAAAGAAAAGUGCAUAUUUCAGUGAUGAGGAAGAACUUAGUGAUUGAAAUGGAUUUAUGUAUAUGUCAUUGAAAUAUAAAAAUUUUAAAGCACAGUUUAAUUGGUGUAAAAAUUACCAUUGGAACUUUGACUAUAAGGAAAUAUAUAACUAACCAGUUUUACAUCUUUAAAUUAGGAUUACAAAGUUUACUUUCAUAGGAAACCAGAAAAUAAUUUAUAAGUAUCAUGUUUCUAAUUUUAUUUUUAAUAGAAUAAUAAAAAUCCAAUUUUGUUUCUGAAACACUUAUCUUUUUUUAAAAAAAAUAAUAAACUCUUACCUUCUGUCUUGGUUCCAAAGCAGAAGAAUGGUAAUGGCAAGGCAACAACGAUUAAUUGGCUUAUCCAGGAUCACAUAGCUAGGCCAUGUCUUAGGCCAGAUCUGAUACCAGAUCUGAUGCCAGGACCUCUUAUCUCUAGGCCUGUCUCACAAUCCACUGAGCCACCUAGCUGCCUCACUGUAUUACCCUUCUAAAACAAUAUCUAAAUGUAACCUAAUCAGUUGCAUUCAGUAAUAAGACAAUUAAAUUGUUAAAUAUGGAUGGUCAUGGUCCCACUGCAGAUGUGCAUUUUAAAACUGUAUUAUUAAGAAGCUACUAAAAAAGUUAGUUUUCUUCAUCCUCUACAUGUCAGCUGAAGUACUUUUCAAGUCUUAUUUUCAAAGAAGCUUCCUAAAAACUAAAUAAAGUAAGUAACCUAAUUUUAGUUAGAAAUGUUCUUUACUAGGAGCAGCGAGGUGGCUCAGUGGAUUGAAAACUCUAGAGAUGAAAUGUACUGGGUUCAAAUCUGACCUCAAACAGA